AUGGCAAACCCCGACCGGGCGCUGACCGCGCUAGAGUGGCUGGCCAACGCGAGCAUACCGACGAGAGGCCACAGCCUGCUGUGGCCAAGCUAUCGCUUCACGCCGCCGGCUGCCCAGGGGCUCGACGCAGCCCAGCUGGACGCCUUCAUCCGCGACCACUUCGCCGAUGAACUCAAUCACACCAGGGGCCAGUGCUACCAAUGGGACGUCAUCAAUGAACCCUAUUCCAACUACGACGUCCAAGUGGAUGGACUCCUCGGCAACCAGAGCAUUGUCGAGUACUACAAGCUGGCCCAGCAGCUGGCGCCAGGCGUGCCGCUCUUCCUCAACGACUUCGGCAUCCUGGCUGGCUACGACACCAUCCACUGCAACUACACCACGACCUACAUCCAGUGGCUCGUCGACCAAGGCGCGCCCGUGCACGGGCUUGGCCUGCAGUCGCACUUCAGCCAGGGACCUGUCGACAUGGAGGAGAUGUGGAACCGCAUUCAACUCUUUGCUUCAAUUCCUAUCCAGAAAUUGGCGGUGACAGAGUUCGAUCUGGCAGUGCUUGACCAAGAGCUGCUGGCCGACUUCACGCGCGACUUCAUGACCCUCGUAUUCAGCUGCGACAAGUUCGACGAGUUCCUCGUGUGGGGCUUCUGGGCGGGCGCCCACUGGCUGCCCGACGCGGCCAUGUUCGCCGCCAACUGGACGGCCAAGCCCAACGCGCUCGCCUACGCUGACCUGGUCUUCAACCAGUGGUGGACGUGCCACACGCACCUGGAGACUGACACCAGGGGCUGUGUGGAGGUGUUGGCCUUCAAGGGCUGGCUGGUGGUUGAGCUGACCAACGGCACCCUGGUGCAGUCGCGCGAGAUCGACAAGGGCGCGGCGCAGAGCUUGAGCGUCGAGGCCUUGCGGCUGCCGUGGGCUGUCGCUUCGCCAGACGACAAUGUGUCAUCGGCUUCAGGGCUCGUCAGCAGCGUGAUGGUCGUGGCGGGCGCGGUCCGCUCUGCCUUGGUCAUGCUGCUGUAG